AUGACACUAAUGUCUAAUCACGCCUCAAUCCUCGCCAUAGAUUCGGCGGUUGUGGCGGUGAUUCAGGGCAACUCUUCGACGGUGAGGGCGGGGCGGCAUGUCCUUUCUAUCGGGCCUUUGAUGGGCAGGAUUGAGGCCUACGUCGGCUUCGCCCCCAAUUUUACCACGUCUCCAGGGAGGCUUUCGGCCAUUUUCGGGAGCUCUAGCCGGGGAAGUGUGGGGAUGGGGUUGGUGUGGGUCUCCCGGGUGCGGCUCCGAGUUGGUCCUAUGCUCGUUUGGGGUGGAUCUAUGUUAGCCCGUCAUCUUCGGUUGAAGAGAGUUGCUAGGUUGCGUCCCGAGAUUUGGGCUAUCUUGGAUGUGUCGUUUCGGCUUUCGUCCUGUGUGUGGUGUUGUGUUGGGGUGGUUGUCGGCUAUUAG